AUGGCUGAACCUAGUGUUUCGCCGGCUCCUAGUUCUUCAGAUUCUUCGGAAAAUUUACAAGAGGAAUCAUUUAUAUCAAGUUUUAUCGCUGAAGUAGUGAAAAGUCCACUUAAUAUAUUUCUUGUUAUUGUUAUUGCUAUUUUAGUUUAUAAAAUAUUCCGGAGUAAAACACAAGAAGAUCUACCGGUCCAAGAGCACAAGGAAUUGCCUAAAAUUCGUAAAGAUUUUAAUGUUGAAGAAUUAAAAAAAUAUGACGGUAGGGGAACGGAUGGACGAAUUCUUGUUGCUGUAAAUGGGAGUGUUUAUGAUGUUACGAGAGGCAGUAGAUUUUACGGACCCGAUGGACCAUAUGCUGCAUUUGGAGGGCGUGAUGCCAGUAGAGGAUUAGCCACAUUUUCAGUAGUUCCAGGCAAAGAUGAAUAUGAUGAUUUAAGUGAUCUUAAUACUACUGAAAUGAAUUCUAUUUUAGAGUGGGAGGAACAAUUUAAAGAACGAUAUGAUUACGUUGGUAAAUUGCUGAAACCUGGUGAAGCACCAACAAAUUAUUCUGAUGAAGAAGAUGAAGGUAGCCAGCAAGAAUCCGACGUUAAAUCAAAGGAUGAUUGA